AUGGAGGGGCUUCUGGGGCGUGUGCGGGGAUUGGGCCCACUCCGUUCAGUGCCCGAUCCCCUCCUUCGGGCCCUCACUGCCGUUUCCGAUCCCCAUCCAGAUCGGGUUCAAAACGGAGUCGUUUUGUUUGCCGUCGAUGAUCCCACUUCAUGUUGGUAUCUCUUGCUCUCCGGUCAAGUGCAACUCUAUUUAACUCAUCAGGACGGCAGCGUUCACCCAAUUUGCUCACUCUCAGCCGGCGCGAUUUUCGGAGAGCUCAACUUUCCUAAACAUUGCUGUGCGGCUCGAGUGACUCGCGCUUCGGAGUUUGUGCGAAUCCCUCAACAACACUUUUGCUCCAUUUACAAUAAGCACGCUGACCACCUCUCGCCGUACAUCCAGGUGAUUCAAGACAUGCUCGCUGACCAAACAGUUUACGAGCCAGGGAUCUCAUGGACACCAAUGAUAAAUGGAGGGAUCGGGGGAGAGAUGGAUCUUCUGGAAUGGCCUCCAUCAACAAGUGUGCCUGCUUUUCCAGUGCCAACCAUUGAGCAUCAAGCUUCCAUUUACGACUGUCAACCGUCCACUUCCAUCGCAAUAAAUGAGAGUUUUGGAGGCUAUGAGAGUCAAUAUGAAAAUAAUCCUGCUUUUUACAAAAAGAGAGAUCAAAGAAGAACGAUGGCUUUUUACAGGAGAAAUCAAAAUAAUUUCGACAACUUGCCGACUGAUUUACGAAUCGAUGACGCAAAUAUGAUUGGAUUGAGUAAUCAAGUGUCGUUCGAGGCAAGACUUGUCGAAGUUGGGUGUAUGUUGAGACACGCGAUGAGACUGCAGAAAGCUCAUCUCAUUUGUGAUCAUGCACAUAGAGCAAAAGUUUAUUCGGCUUCGAUGAUCGGCUCAGAAAUGGUUGAUUGGCUGUUAGAGUUAUCGCUUUCAGCUGGCACUAAUAUGUCAACAAUGUCUCGAUUUCAAGUGACAGGAAUGUGGCAGGCUUUACUCGAGUACAAUAUUAUUGCUCAUACAAGCGGUGAACAGCGAUUCGUGGAUCAGAUGACUUUCUAUCGAUGGAACAUUGAGGAAUGGCAACGAGCGAUUGAUAGAGAAGAAGAAGAGGCUGAACCGUAUGGAAGAGAUGAGGAACCGGGCACACCAUUGCCUGGGGAAAAGGCUUUCUUUGACGCGGUCACCAUGCACACCACGGCUUCGGUGAGCACUGAUGAGCUCAUCGCGGCAAUUCUUUUCCUCAACACCGCCGGUCUAGAUGCUCUAUUUCGGAUGAUUCUCACUAGAGCUCCACAUGAUCGUACCCCAGAGGAAUUGGAUCUUGUCUACAAUGAGCUUCUUCAUGUAAAGGCUCUUGCUCAUUUAUCUACGAUGGUGAAACGGGAACUUGCCUCUGUAAUUGGAAUUGAGUCUCAUACACAUGCAGGCACUGUCCUUUAUCAUCAAGGUGAUCGAGCGAAAUGCUGGUAUAUCAUUUUGAAAGGCGGUGUUGAAGUGACGAUUCAUGGAAAGGGUGUUGUCACUCAUUUGCGAGAAGGAGAUGAUUUCGGAAAAUUGUGUCUUGUAAGCGAUUCACCUCGUGCUACAACCGUCAUUCUUCGCGAUGAAGACUCACAUUUUCUCAUCGUUGAUAAACACGAUUUUAAUAGAGUCCUUCUCGAGGUCGAAGCAAAUACAGUGAGAUUAAAAGAUCGAAGUGAUGAUGUGUUAGUGUUGGAGAGAAUGACAAUGAUGAGAGGAGCUGCUAUAGCUGAUGAUAGUGAAUUGCAAUGCUGUUACUCUGUACUCGCUGGUCUUGCUCAGAAAAUGAUCGAGUAUGUGUUGGAGACAAGAAUUGAUGCUGACGACUCAAAUGAUACAUUUCUCGAAGAUUUCGUCCUCACACACACCAUUUACAUGCCUACGAAUAUUCUCUGCAAUUUCCUUAGAAACUAUUACAUUGGAAAGAAAAAAGUGAUUGAAUUGGAUUGGAAUCUUCGAAUGAUCGCGAAAAAGCGAGUGAUUCAUUUUCUUGCAUUUUGGGUGGACACACUUGGACUCCACUUUUUUCUUGAUCCAGCUGGCAAUGCUUUUAUUGAGGAAUUGUAUUGUCUUCUGCUUGAGGAUUGUCGACUCUAUCAAGGACUUGAAGAUCUUGUCGCUCAAUUGGCUCAAGUUCGAAUCACACGAGAAGCAGCAAUGCGCGUUUUAGCAAGGCGUCCAUCAAUUGUCCUUGAAUGUGGGGUUUAUUCAAGCCUCAGCCCUGCACCAUCUCCUGUACUCCCGACUGAUACCUGCAAUCAAAUCAUUCACCUCUCGGAUACGACAUCUUUUGCGAUGAGCAUUCGCCUCGAUCGAACAGCUGCUGAAGUGGUGAAGUUGGCGAGGCAAAGGAUGAGAAAUGUUGUGCCACCAUCAGAAAGAAUGAGACUAAUCGAAGUGAAAAGCAAUGGAGAAAGGAUUGUCUUUUCCCCCAUUGACAUCAGCGUUUCAACAAUGCUUGGCCUAAACUCGAAGUUGUAUGUAGUGGCGAGAGAAGAGAUUCAUGCUUUGAUGGCAACUCCCGAUCAAUCGGGCCCUUUGGAAUCUGUGCAUUCAUCGAUGAUGGAGUAUUUGUCGAGCAGCGAGCUAGCUCAACAACUCUUUGUCAUGCAUUCGGAGAUGUUUGAAGCAACCGAUGAAACCGAACUCGUCACUCAAGUAUUUGGACGAGAUCAAUUCCCUGGAAAAGUUCCAUCAAAUCUUGAUCUUUUAUUGAGAAGAUUCAAUGAGGUUCAAUAUUGGGCGACUACAGAGGUUCUCCUAGCCGCUCCUCAACGUCGUGUGGCAACUCUACGAAAAUUCAUCAAAAUUGCUAUUUAUGCCAAAGAGAAUCGAGACUUAUUAUCACUAUUUGCAUUAACUCUCGGUCUUUCAAAUAUCGCUGUGAGCCGACUGAAUUCAUUGUGGAAUCGUCUUCCCGCCAAAUUGAGACGUCAAUUCGCCGAGUACGAGGCACUGCUCGAUCCCUCUAGAAAUCAUCGAGCAUAUCGAGCUCUCGUUGACAGUCUCCAUCCACCAAUUGUUCCAUUUGUCCCAUUGCUGCUAAAAGAUUUGACUUUCAUUCAUGAAACGAACAAAACCUACUUCAGCGGACUUGUCAAUCAAGAGAAAAUGCAUAUGGUUGCCGGGGUUUUACGUGCGUUUCGCAAAUGUAAAGCCCAUUUCCCGCAUCAAGUUUACGCAGAGAGGAAAAUUGGUGACACUCAGAAUUUGAUUAGAAAUUUCCGGGUGAUUGACAACCAGCGUCGCCUUAUCGAGUUGAGCUAUGCAAUCGAGCCGAAACGUCAACGCCGGCAU